GGGGCGCCGGGCAUUUCUCCGCAGCUCGGCUCGCAGCCGCGCCCAUGCAGGCCAUCAAGUGCGUGGUGGUCGGCGAGGGCGCCGUGGGCAAGACGUGCCUGCUCAUCAGCUACACGACCAACGCGUUCCCGGGAGAGUACAUCCCCACCGUCUUUGACAACUACUCGGCCAACGUGAUAGUGGAUGGCAAGCCGGUCAACCUUGGGCUGUGGGACACGGCGGGGCAGGAGGACUAUGGCCGGCUGCGACCCCUCUCCUACCCGCAGAUGGACGUCUUUCUAAUUUGCUUUUCCCUGGUGAGCCCGGCCUCCUUCGAGAACGUCCACGCCAAGUGGUACCCGGAGGUGCGGCACCACUGU